AUGGAGACCCCGAGCGCGACGCCGAGCGAGGUCGCGGUGCACCCGCUGGUGCUGUUGUCCGUCGUCGAUCACUUCGGGCGGUGCGAUGAGGGCGAUGAGGCGAGCAAACGCGUGGUCGGGGUCCUGCUCGGGGAACAGCGACGCGGUAGGAUCGAUGUCACGUCGUCGUUCGCGGUGCCGUUCGAGGAGGAGGACGACGCGAGCGGGAUCUGGUUUCUCGAUCACGUCUACCUGGAAAACAUGUAUAGAAUGUCGAGGAAGAUCUCGGCCAAGGAGAAGAUCGUGGGGUGGUACAGCACGGGACCGAAAUUGAGGGAUAAUGAUAUCGAUAUACACGAGUUGUUUUACGCGUACGCGCAAGAGCCGGUGAUGGUGAUCGUGGAUGUGCGGGCGGAGAACGCGAACAUUCCGACGAGCGCGUUCGCGGCGCAGAUAGAGGUGAAGGAAGACGGGACGGAGAAGCAGCAGAAGACGUUCGUACACGUGCCGAAUUCGAUCCAGGCGUUUGAGGCGGAGGAGAUCGGGGUGGAGCAUCUUUUGAGAGACGUGAAGGAUAACACGGUUUCGACGCUGAGCACAAAGGUGAGCGAAAAGGUGCACUCGCUGCGAGGUUUGAAGACUCGAUUGGAGGAGAUCAAGGGGUACAUGGACAAGGUCGUGGACGGCACGCUACCGGUGAAUCACGAAAUCAUGGGUCACCUUCAGGAUGCGUUCAACUUGCUCCCGAAUCUAAACUUGGAGGAGUACGUCAAGGGGUUCAACGUCUCGGCCAACGACUCGAUGCUCGUCGUGUAUCUGAGCUCGUUGAUCCGAGCCGUGAUCGCUCUGCACGACUUGAUCAACAACAAGGUACAAAAUCAAGAGCGCGAACGCGCGUUAGACGCCGCCGCCGCUACAGAGGAUGCCGACAAGGAGAACAAGGAGAAAGAGAACGAAAAAUCAGCGGACGCCGACCAGAAGAUGACAGACGCAAAGUGA